AUGAACCCGGACAAGGCGUUCUUGGCCUGUUACACCUGUCGGCGCCUCAAACGAAGGUGUACCAAAGACUUGCCAGCAUGCGGGCUGUGUCUCCGCUUACACAAGCCAUGCAAAUAUCCGGGCUUGUCUACAACCGGCUACACUGCGAGCUCCGAGGCACUUGGUGUUCGUGCCAGCCCUCCACCGGAUGAUUCGCCAGCGUCGUCGAGCCGGAACGUCGCCCACACCUUCUUGGGCGCAGAGCAGCCGUUUCCACAGUCCUUUUUCCUGGAUGCAGCAUUCACGUCACCUCUGGCGGCCGAGUCGCUGACCUGGGGCUAUCAGCCACAACUGGAGAAGCAGGCCAAGCAGCAUUUUAGUAUAAAUCGUCAAGCCAUCUGCGAUCAGUAUCUUUCCAAAGUCCACCCAUGGAUGCCCUUUAUUAGCAAGAAAAAUCUGCUGAAGGAUUUGAAAGCUGAUAAACCGGACGCGGGAUUCACGAUGCUGUUGCUGUGCAUGAAACUCAGCUUCGACUACCCCAAGGGCCAGCCCUCGACGUCAGGCUUGUAUACGUUCGUAAGGCACCUCUGCAUGACGGCGGAAUCCUCAGGCGCCCUGUCAUUGCGGAUUGUGCAGGCUAAUGUGCUUUUGGCUGCGUAUGAGAUAUUCCAUGCUGUGUACCCGGCAGCCUUUACUAACAUAAGCCGUGCGGCGAGAUUGGGAUUGCUGUUGGGUAUGCCGGAUCAAGGCUCGUCAACGCCCAUAUUCAAGCACCCAGAAACUCGGACGCUCCAUGAAGAGAUGCGCAGAACCUGGUGGACUAUUUACAUCCUUGACCGGUGCUUGCAUAUAGAACCUAAUGGGAUGCCUUUUGCUGUGUCGGAUUUCCCCUCAGACCAGCUCCUACCCGUCGGUGAUGAUGAUUGGGAUAAGGGAAGUAUAGUGCCCGGCGAGCCUGUUUCCACGAGCGUAUUGACCAGCGUCACGCCUCUUGGGUGCUUUGCCAAAACGUGCCAGGCCGUCCACCUUCUUGACAGAGUGCUGAAACACGCACAGGCAACUAAUUCCUCCCAACACACAGCUCAGCAUACCGCUAUUCUCACGGCUGAAGCCCUGCAAUUUGACCGAAUCCUCAAUACUCUGCAGCUUUCUCUGGAGAACGAUGAAGCGGGAGAUGAUGGCAAAAAAGGUCAAGAAGCGCUCUCUGCUAAAAACAGCGCCCUUGCCAUAUGUGUGUCGGCGCGAUUCAUCUUGUACGAAAAUUACGGUUGCAAUAUUUUUGAUAAUAUCAAACCCCGUGUGCCGAGCGCGCAGGAGACGCAGAUGCAGAAGAUCAGCUUGGAAGGCUGCAGAACUCAAGCGUUGCAUACGGCGCCAAUGAUUGCAUCGACAGAGGGAACUUCUCCUCUUAUCGCCCGAUGUCUUUACGAUGCCGCCACAAUCUGUGCUUGGUUCAUCCGCCAAGACCAUGAGCCCGAAAUGUACGAGGCUCUAAGGGCUAUUCUGGCUCGACUACGGUAUCUAGGAGAGCGAUGGAUUGUUGCAGGGGAAUACAUGGAUCUUCUCGACCUGGAUGGAGUUUUGAAGUUGAAUAAUCUAGAUUUGGUGGUGCUAGGUUGA